AUGAAAGCUCAGUCUAAAAGAAAGAGUGGAACUGGUUCACAAGAAUCUCGCCUUGCUGUGAUCUCACCGGAAAUUGACCGUGCCAUCGAUUCUUAUGUGGAUCUUGUUCUAUUGAUGGGCAUUGAAGGCAUAAGAAGGCAAUACCAAGAAAUUGCUUCAUACCGGACCCCUGACUUCAAAUUUACUGCAUGUGCAGCAAAUCCUAAUAGAAAUCGUUAUAAUGAUAUAGUGUGCUUGGAUAAGACAAGAGUAGUCCUUAGACAAGAUGUACCACCGUGUACAGACUAUAUCCAUGCUAACUGGGUAAAAUUCGAUAAACACGACCGGGAAUUCAUAGCAACACAGGGACCAUUGGAGAACACAAUAGGUGAUUUUUGGAGGAUGGUUUUCCAAGAACAGUGUCCAAGCAUUGUGAAUUUGACAAGGUGUGUCGAAGAUACAAAAAUAAAAUGCUCUGCUUAUUGGCCAACAGAACCGGGAAAAUUCAACACAUUUGGGAAAAUUUUUGUUAAUACGAAAAAGGUGGAAGUCGAGGAGAAAUUCAUGGUCUACACUAUCGAAUUGGUCCCGGAAGGAUGUUCAAACUCACAUAUCGUCAAGAUGAUCCAUAUGACAAACUGGCCUGAUCGAGGCGUUCCGCAAAGCGGUCGUCACGUUCUUCGCCUACUGCGUAAAGUCGUGGCUGACAAACUCGACUGCGGCCCCGUAGUGAUGCACUGUUCCGCUGGCGUUGGUCGUACUGGAUGCAUCAUUAUGAUAGACGUGAUUUUACGGAGACUUUUCUCCGGUAAACCAGUCGACAUGGUGGAAAUUUUCAAGAAACUCCGUGAUCAACGUGCACAUGCAAUUCCUGUUGAUGUUUUAUACGUAUUUGUGGUCGUUAGUGUAAUUGACUAUAUAAGGGCAAAAUUGCCGCAGAAGUACAAAGAUAAAACACAGAGAUUCAUGGACGAGUACAAAGCGCUACUGACGCAAGAACAGUGGUCAUCACCGCAACAGGCUGACCAAGACGGGCGACGCCAUCCACUGAACGCCGUAUAUGACGCUGGAGAAGAACUGUUCUUAGAAACGUGUGACAGUAGAGGAGUUGGUGGAGUUGGAGUCCUCAUCAACACGAACAUGGUAGUAAAUAUCGACUCUUUCGAACAACUUACAACCCGAAUCGGACGUUUACGGAUGAGAAAAUGCCGUUCAACACCAGCUUUGACAAUCUUCGUCGCUAACGCUCCAACAUCAAGCUACGAAGAAGAAGUCGAUGCUUUCUAUAUGGACCUGGAGAAGUUCUACAGAGAAGAUCAUACCUUCUAUAAGGGAGGGGUGCAGGGAGAGAGGCAUUCCGAGUUUAUCAUGACGACUAACACCAUCCAUGGGAACUCGCAAUUCCAGAAGCCCUCCUCUCUACGCUGGACGUGGGAGUCAUCCGAGAGAGAUAGAAGGUAUCAUAAUGAAAUUGACCACAUCAUCGUCGCUAAGAGGUUUUGCCUAGCGGAUAUCGCUGUUGUACCAAAGUUUUAUGUGGAGUCGGAGCAUCGCCUUCUUCGAGGAAAAUUAACUCCCAGAACUGCCACCAACUGGAAGCCCUUCGCUUCGCUUGUUGGCUUUCGGGAAGGUAUCGUCAUGGACAACACAAGUGUGACGCAAGUGAAAGAAGGGAUUCGAAGUUCACUUCUACGUCAACGAUCGAAGAUCAGAGACGCUGCCCCAUAUGUCAAGGAAAGCAAAGUUAGGCGGGACGGACACGUGAUGCUUUUCAACGUCAAUCGUUGGACCAGAACCGUAAGCGACUGGAUUCCACACGACGUCAAACGCAUCGCAGCAUGA